GGUAGUUCCCGCGUAAAACUGCAGCCACUGACGUACAUUGCGGAUUGGUGAAAUACUCUAAACAACUUCGUGGCCAAUCAUGAUGAGACGGUAUAAAAGAACACUAGUAACACGUUUAUGUUUCAAACACUCUUAGAAGGCGAGAAACCAGUACGACGCUGCAUUAGCAAUACUCAGGGCUUUAUACAGGACUGGAAAAACUUAGAUUACAAAGAGAGAGAUUUUUGUUUUGUUUUUGGAACGUGAGAAGAUCGAAUCUGGUACAUGUUCAGCAAGAUCCAAAUGAUGGCGAAAAACUAUAAAAUAUCAUCAACAUUGACUUUGCUCCUAUAUUGCCUAGUGCCCAUGGCAACAGGAUGUGGCAGGAUAAAAGAAAAAACUAUGGUGAGUCCGGGAGAUGAAAUAUACGUGUCACUUUUGCUCCAGCCGAAUACGGAAUCAGAGGAUUUGUCAAAAGCUGACGAUUCGGCUUACAUACACCAACCAAAUACGGAAUCAGAAGAUGCAUCAAAGAAUACAGAAUCAGUUUACAUUCCACCCAAACCACUUCAUUUUAUGAAAAAUAAAAGGUAUCGACGUUACAUCGACCCAGUAUCAGAUAUAUCACCUGAAGCAAUGGACCAACCGUACUUGAAGAUUUUUCAGAAAACUGACAGCAACUCGGACGGAUACAUUACUGUGGAUGAAUACUUAGAAAACAAUCCCAACAUGACGAAUGAUGACACUCGAAUUGUGAUGGAGGUCUAUGACAAGAACAGAGAUAGCAGAGUGUCUCAAGCAGAAUUCCUGCGAGAAGGGAAACCAGCAUUCUUUGAUAAUUUUGAAGAGUCACGUACAGAGGCCUGUGACGUCAUGGCACUGCAUCAAUGCGGCAUGGAUUUCAUCAAUAUUGUACAACUAGCACGUGACGACAAUGAGGCUGUAUGUAUUGGUCUUCAGGCAGCAGGUUCAUGA